CACUUCGAUUGGAACGCGGAAAUAAAAAAUUGCAGGGUAAACCUCGACAGCGCUGAAUGGGAAUGAAUCGCCAAAUAUAAUAUUUGCAUACCCAUUUGGUCCAACAUAAAAACAAAAACACUACUUUUACGUUUCCACAAUUUUCCGAAUGAAGGAAAAAAUUGAGACUGAUGGAUUACGACAUUCAGAAGAGAGAAGAGGCCAAAUGUACUUUCACUCUCUCAUCAGCUAUGUUAGAAACCUUCUCGCAUCUCCGUUAUGCUGUAGAAACUGUCAUCCACUAUCAUGCUGAGUCGCCUUCAGGAGCUGAAGAAAGAAGAGGAGACUCUUCUGAAAAUAAAAGUCAUGCUGCAAGAUCAGCUGAAUAGGCUUAAGUUUGAGGAGGGGACACUGAAGUCAAUUAUCAAUGCUCAGUCUGAAGAGAGCCCUGAUGAAGCCCCUGCACCUGAGGUUGAAGUCAACCUAGAUGACGAGAGUGAGAUCAACCAGACCAAACUAGUACUGGGUGCUCCAACCGACUACGACAUGGAAGAAGAGGAGGAAGAUGAUGAUGAUGAUAAUGCAGAUGCAGAUGAUGACCUUGAAAUGGUGCCAGAAGAUGAAGAGGAAGAUGAUGACUACUGACUAUACCUGGAGAAAGAAAAUCGUAUAAUUUAGUCCCUUGUUUAGGUCUGUAACGUGCACGUAUGGCAUGUUGAAAGAUGUUUGCGUAAAGAGACUUCAACUGUCUUUCUGUCUUAGAUCGGUGUUGCUUUAGAUAAACCUUGAGUUCACCCAUCUAUAGAAUCCUCCAAAAAAUACAAAAUGAUGUGUAGCACAAAUACAAAUCCUCUUUUUACUGUGCUGUUGGCCAAGCCUGCACUGUUAUGUAUUUUCUAAAUACAUGUAAAUUAAAGAUUGCACCAAUCAUAGUUCAUGGUGUUUACCCAGUGAUGCUGUACUAUUUAGGCUAUAAUUCAUAUUGUAUUGUAUUGCUUUGAGAUCGAAUGCAGUAUGAUUAUUCAGCUGAUGGUUAGUAUUAUGUAUGUAAACCAUGUGUUCAUGUUGUGAACUUGCAGAAGUAUUUUUCUAUUUAGAAGAGCGAUUGUGAGGAAUAAGUUGAAUGCAUUCAUGGGCAUGAAAGUUGUUCUUGCUGAGCCAGUAUUAUAACUUUUUUGUACUUCAUCUGUAGCAGUGUUUAAUGUACAAAGGGUCCCUAUGUUUUCUUAGAGAUUUUUGAAAACAUUUGUUUAGCAGAUUUUGAAGGUGCUCGAUGUAAGUAAAGUGGAAUUGGAUUUAAAAACAUUUGGUUUAGAUACACAUCCAUUGUCAAUUGCCUUGAUGUGUUGGCAUGAUAUAAGAAUUACUGUGUACCUCCUAGUAGGUACAUGGUAAUAA